AGCAUCAGAUCCAUCCAGCUCCCACCCUAAGUGCGGCUGCUGUCUCCUGCUAAUUUACUGAAUUGUUGCACGCGUUUAAAUAAUGAUGUAAAUCAUGCCAUGGUAUUGUAGGAAUCUACUUUAGAAGAUCACUGACCAAAAAAAACCUGAGGCGUGGGGAGGGGUUUGGGGCACGGCGGAAAGUACAUGUGUGUUUUUACCAUUGAAUUUAGAAAUGAUGGAGAAUGAAAAAGCAUGCGCAAAACAUUAUGGAUCUCUUGAAUCAACUGCGUGGAGUGCAGACGUUGAAAAAGAGACAGAUAUUAUAUCAAUGGCCGAUUCUACCAUAACAGUGGAUGACAUUGAAGAUGAACUAUUUAAAAUUGAAAGGAUAAGAGAUAUAUUGGUUCGAAGAGAAUCUGAACUCAGAUAUAUGAUGGAUGACAUACAACUAUGCAAAGAAAUAACCCGACUUAAGAAAGAGCUGCAGAAACUGGUCUCAAUACCAGAUAAGGACAAAUCAAAUGAGGAUAAGCAAAAGGAAGAAGAAUUACUGCAGCAGAUCCAUAAAUUGGUGGAGACAAGAGACUUCCUUGUGGAUGAUGUUGAAUUUGAACGACUGAGAGAAAGAGAAGAAGACAAAGAAAUGGCAGAUUUCUUGCAGACAAAAUUAUCAAAGGCCUGUUCUAAAAAAUCAAAUGUUGCAAAGGAAAGAAAAAUGACAUCCAGAGCACAGCAGACAACUAAACCUUUCAUGGCGAAGACUGGGCUGACUCUGCUCAAAGAAUGCUGUGGAUUCACCUGCUCCAUCAUGUAAAAGUCAAAGAUUUUAAAAACUGAAUGUUUUGCAGGAAUCACCACAGAAGUAUGGAUGGGAUUAUAAAUAUUUCACUAUUGCAUCAUCCCAAAUUGAUAAUUGUGUAAAACCAGUUCAUAUUCAUACUUGGCAAAGUGAUGUAUUUAUUGGACUGGCAGCCACUAACCAAGAUGCUGCAGGAGUCCAUUCAGCUGUCCGAGCUAUUUGACUAUUCCAUAAGAUAAUGGCUGAUGUAAAUCUUAUCUCCAGUAAUCUUCCCUUCAAUUGUUUCUUUUGAAGCUCUUAAAAGCAGUCUGCGAAUCUUAGUUGUGACACUAAUUGACCCAAUAUCCACGACACUUCAGAUUUUCACUGCAAACUGCAUGAAAAGUGCUUUCUGAUCUCACUCCUGAAUGUAAUAACUCUAAGUUCCUCACUGGAAGAAACUGUCCGUGCUUCAUUGAAGCCUUUUUAUCAUGUCAAACACCUUGGUUAGAUUACCCUCUGCUUUCUAAAUGCAAGACUACUGGCCACACUUAAGGCACAUAUUAUCCUCACAUUUUAACACUUUAAACUCUGGUGUCAUUCUGGCAAAUCCCUUUUAUGGAUUCUGCUCAAAACAGACCAUCGUAUCCUGAUGUGAUCUGACCAUUGCAAUAAAGAUCAGCGUUGCAUAUGUCCUUGUAACUUCUUAGUCGUUUUGCACUAGCUUUCAAUGACUUGUCUGAACAGAGAACCAAAUCCCUUUGUUCUUCAACAGUUACAAGUUAUUCUUUAUUGCAAAAUUAUUAUUUUACCUGGGAAAAUGACAUCAAAUUUCCCUUCCUCCCUGAUCCACCUGGCCCCCGUUACUCGGUGUCUUUCCCUCCACCACCGUCUCUCACUGGUUCCCCUCCCCACCUCUUAUCCUUUAUCCCAUACUCUACCAUCCUCUCUUCCCAGCCCUUUGUCAUGUCUGCCUAUCCCCUCCCAGCUUCCAAUGUCAUUCCCACUAAUCUCCUUCCCUCAUCUGCUUAUCAUCCCCUUACCUGGAUCCACCUAUCACCUGCUAGCAUUUGUUCCACCCCUUCCCUCCAUUUUUUUAUACUGGCUAUCUAACUUCUAUCCUUCCAGUCCAGUUGAAGGCUCUUGACCUGAAACCUUCACUGUCCAUUUCCCUCCAUAAAUCCUGCCUGUCCCACUAAGUUCCUCCAAUGUCUAUCUGUUGUAUCAGCUUUCCUUGCACUGAUCCAUCUUCCGUAGAAGUCAUAUAAUCUGUUAGCGUCCUUUUACAACACUCUUCUUGCACGGAAAGCCCACGGUGCCUCCUACCCUUGGGUCUUCAGCAAACUCGGAUAAUGCCUUUGACAAAUCUGAUCAAAUUGAGCACCUAGUACUUAUGCCAGAUUUAUCAACUGUCACAGCGGAUUAGAUGCCAGUUAUGCUUUAUUUAUUACAUAGCACAAACUCUGACAGAAGAAGAGAGGGCUGGCAGUCCUGGACAGCAGCAAAUGUAAGCUGUGGGAAAUCAGUAUAAAGCCUCUCUCCUUUCAGAUUACAAUGCACCUUUUCAAUCCUAAAGCUGAUCAAAGGGUAUAAUUUCUUCAUUGGUGUCUCACUGGCAAAGCCUCAAAGUGAACACCACCAGCAGAUUACAACUGGAUUAAAGUGAUGAAAGUUCCAGUAAAAUAAUCAUUUUCUUUAAUUUAUUCCAUUCAGCCUGCAUUGCUAAGGUUUAUAUCCCAGUACUAAAUGAAAUUUUGUGUCAUUUGCUCUUUGACAAGGUGGUGAUCUUUCUUCUGAAUGGACUUCUUUGAGCCUGAUUGAGUACCUUUAUUCAUUCAUGAAUUGCACACAGAGGAAGUUUAUUUUUCCAUAUACUUGAAGAGCCCCUUGUGACUACAUGUGACUUUGACCCAACAUUUGUUCAAAUGUUAAAUGGUAAAAUAAUUUGUCAUCUCUGCUAUUGAUCUAAUAUGUGUUCCCCAUAUCACUAACUCAGAAAAUCAGAAUCCGGUUUAUUUUCCCUGACAUAAGUUGUGAAAUUUGUUGCUCUGUGGCAGCAGUACUGUGCAAUUAUAAGUAGUCAGGCACUUUCAUUUCUUUUAAAGUAAGAUGUACCCCAAAGAUAAAGAAACUCUAGUCAUUUUUCUUGUAAGGUUUACAUUUUUCUGAAUAUUACCAGUUUCCUGAAUUUUCUUCAUACAGCCGAACAGACCAAGAACUAUAUUAAAAUAAGAUUCCAGUCAGUGUUCCUACUUCUUCAUCUAGAUCCAGUAUUUGUUAGAUUUAACCUAUCCACUUUGGUUAUUCCACCCAAUGAGAAAAUAAAAUAUUUUCUUAAUAUACAAUUGCAAAAAUAAUAUGUAAUACAAGUGACGACUGAUGAUGGCUGUUAUCUGUUAGGAUAUCUUAUUUAUCUAAUACAUACAGUGGAUUCCGGUCAAUUGGGACACAUUGGGACCAGUACAUUUUGGCCCAAUUAAGUGGGCUGCCCCAAUUAGCUGAAGUUUCAUGGAAGUUGUUAAAAAGGUAUAAAAAAAAGGCAAAUUGAUUAACAAAUUAUGCAUUUAUAAUAAAUUAGAUACAGAACAAAUUAGAACACUAACAAUAGUACAACAGUACAAUCAAACUAUGUAUUAGUUCUGAAUAGUUAUCAACAGAGGAAUUCAUCCAAUAUGCACAUUGAACAAAAUCAAAACAGACACCUAGUGCAGAUAAUGAACUGCCUUUGUGCAAUGCUAUUGACAAUUGCAUCCUCCAAAUCUUCAUUUUCAUUAUAACAUUCAAAAUGAUACUCGAUACUUUCAAAUUGUUCAUAGUUCUUAACUUGUUGAAGUAGUAAAAUCAUUUAAUUUUUAUUCUGGCUGUUUCUGGCAUUUCUAAGCCUGAGUACUUGAAGCCGCAAUAAGCAGAACAGUUCUAAAUUGUCUUACUGCAUAUUUUUCGCUAACUAUCAGUGAAAAAAAUCACUACUUUUUGAACACAAGUGCACUCAACUGAUGCUAUUUAAAAUUUUUACUCUAAGUACGGUGUAGCGGCUACAGGCCACAGAAGAGCACACGACUGACACUAGUUAGAACUUGUUCGGCAACAAUCUCCUGCCCCAAUUAAGCAACCUAGUGUCCCAAAUAAAGGAAGGGAAUCCUGACUAAAUGCUGCCUGAUUAUUCAUUUCUAUAGAUGUUGCCUGACCUGCUAAGUUUCUCCAGCAUUUUGUGCGUGUUGCUUUGGAAUUCCAGCAUCUACAAACUUUCUUGUGUUCAUAAUUUUCUCAAUUAGUUUUUGUUUUUGAAGAGUUGUCCUAAAUAACUGGCUGCCCUGAUUAAUUGAUGGAGCAAUUAACUGUAAUCUACUGUUUUGGUAUUGGUUAUUAUCAUCACAUGUACCAGGAUACAGUGAAAGGCUUGUCUUGUGAUUUGUCAUUAAGAUUGAAUCAUUACGCAGUGCCUUGAGCUAGAAUAAAGUAAAACAAUAACAAUGCAGAAUGAAGUGUAAAAAGCUACUAAAAAAAGUGUAGUGCAGGAAACGAUAAAGUGCAAGAUGAUAAUGAAGUAGAUUGUGAGGCUAAGAGUCCAUCUUGUUGUACAGGAAAUCCAUUCAAGAGACUGAUAGCUUGACGCAAUCUACCUCAUUUGUUUCUUAUAUGCAUGUGGUUUUGAGAGACGAAAAUGCACCCUGUGCACCAUGAUAAAUCAGUGACAAUACUGACUCAUUGUUUUAUAGGAUAGAGUGAUAGGAUAGUAUACAGUCCAUUGAGUCUGUCUGUAAUAACCAAAUAACCUACCAAUGAGCACAUUCUUUGGGAUGUUGGAAGAAACCAGGGCAGCUGGGGAAAUCCAUGCAAUCACAUGGUGAAAAUUUAAUCUCCAUACAGAUAUCCAGGAUUUCACCCAGAUUGAUGGAAAAAAUAUCUUCCUUAAUUUGGUCCAGAAAUACAUUUUAUUUAUGUAGUAACCAAUUACAAAAAAAAAAUUCCAAUUGUCAAACAUCAGAAAAUCUGCAGAAUCUGGAAAUGCAAGCAACACACACAAAAUGAGAUUGUUGAACAAGUUAGGUCUUUAUUCUUUGGAGCGUAGAAGGUUGAGAGGGGACUUGAUAGAGGUGUUUAAAAUUAUGAGGGGGAUUGAUAGAGUUGACGUGGAUAGGCUUUUUCCAUUGAGAGUGGGGGAGAUUCAAACAAGAGGGCAUGAGUUGAGAGUUAAAGGGCAAAAGUUUAGGGGGAACUUCUUUACUCAGAGAGUGGUGGCUGUGUGGAAUAAGCUUCCAGCAGAAGUGGCUGAGGCAGGUUCGAUGUUGUCGUUUAAAGUUAAAUUGGAUAUAUAUACGGACAGGAAGGGAAUGGAGGGUUAUGGACCAAGUGCAGGUCGGUGGGACUAGGUGAGAGUAGGAGUUCGGCACGGACUAGAAUGGCCGAGCUGGCUUGUUUCCAUGCUGUAAUUGUUAUAUGGUUAUAUGGUUAAUUUCAAAGGAAAAUUUGGAACUUGUGUUACCAAAUAGUGCAAGGUUAUCCCCUAUAAAAAAAUAUAUAUUGAAGUCAAUAACAAAGGCAAAGUAGAGUUUAUUAUCAUAUGCACAGGUGCAAUGAAAAAUUUACUUGCAACAUCAUCACUGACACAUAGCAUCAUGUAAUUAGCACUCACAAUAUUGAUGGCCCGUGAGCAAUACUUGGAAACUUCAUGUCUAACCAAGAGAUCCAUGUUGGUUAACUAUUUUUAAUGGUAAAUUAUUUUAUGCAAAUAAUAAACUUACCACCAUAGGUGAUCACUGAGUGAUUCAGUUAAUGGUAAUAUAUAUUGGUACGUUGUUGAACUUAUUAAUCCACAUGCUUGUGCACCAACGUGAAUCUCAAAUAGUAUUAAAUAUUUGAUCAUAUGACUCAACCUAAAUAUAAUCCCACCUCCUCCUCACCUCAAACCCCUGCCGCAAACUCACCAUCAUCCUUUAUGAUUCAUUUUGGAUUGUGUUCAGUGUUAACUAAUUGAGAGAGAGAUGGAAUAAAUUCACAUUAUAUAAUAAUAUGCAACAUCCAGAUGAGCAAUGAAACAACUAAUUGCUAUAAAGCCACUUGUUUUGAAGAAUAUAUAUAUAAUUUCUGUUUAAUAAGUGGAAUGGAAAGUGCACAAAAGAUGGGCCAUUUAUUACUUAUGGCUAUUAUAAGGGAAAAUUGUUCAUUGAAGAAGCAGUCACUUUUAAAAUUCUUGGUUAAUUACUGAGGAACAGCAUGUAUCAGUUCAAAGAGGAUGCCUGUUGAUUGAUGACCUUUUUAAUACAAGUAUUGUGACUAUUAUCAAUGGCAUUUUUAAGAACUGUUUCAUGCAUUUUGUUGUCCAGGUGUAAACAUUAAGUAAAAAUUGUUCUCUUUCCUGUGUGUUUUAAUUACGAGCACUUGAUGAAAACAGUACCUCAGGCAGUUUUGCAUCAUUAUUCAUGCACAAUUGCUGUAACAUCUUUAGUUUUCAUAUUUAAUAGCACUCUGAAACUCUAUAAAGGUGUUUAUUUUGCAUAUCCCUUUAGAACAUUCAUUUUACAUUUGUAGCUAAUACAAACUUCAUGAGUUGCUAGAAAUAUAUUCUGGAUUCAUGCUAGCUAAUUGAUAUAUAUUAGGUGUGGUUCAAUGUUAUAUAACUAGCUCAAAAGCAGAUGAAUAUUUCCUUAUAAAUGUGCUUUAUAUUGUAAGGUGCUUUAAGUGUUCAGAACAUUGUAAGACGUUACAGAGUUAUGCCUGCCCUGCUGCUUUAUCUUGUCCAAAAGAAGCAUGCUUCUCAUGGCUAGGAAAUCAUAGCCAGAGAAAUCCAGUAGCGUUUUGUAUAGAUCAAUUGUUAAAUGUGUGAAAUAAUGUAUAUUGUUGAAAUUAACCUGCAGAAUGUGAUGAAGUGAUAGUGCCUUGAUAUUGCAGUGAGGUCAUACAAAAUACAUAAACUGCUUUUCUAUAAGAAUGGAUUGGUAUGUCUGCAGGAACUAUUAAAUAGAUGUGAGAUGAAUAAAUGACAAUGAUAUAAGUAAAGUGCUGUGGUUGUACUAUUUCCUUACACCAUAGGGCCCAAGUCCCAUCAGUUCUACUCCCUCACUCAUUUUCCUACCAUCUAUGCUCUCUCACAUGGCCAUAACCUCCAGAUC